AAGGAAGGGUAUUAAUCUUUGUGACCCAAACAAUGAAGAGCCUUGCUAAUAACCAACCUUAUGCUUAAACAUUGCUCCGAAGAAGAAUGGAAUGUUGGGUGUGAGGCUCUGCUUAACUUUGGAAGCUGUGGCGGAUGAAAAAAAAAACCCAACCUUAUUGCUAUUUCUCUCUUCCAUUUGCACUCUAGGGCUUCCACAGCCUGGCAGAUAGUUCCGUAGUGCUUUAGUUUUAUCUAAUUGCUAGCCUACGUACUGCAUAUCUUAGAUAUUUUCUGCUUCUCCAUAGUUUCCUAUAACUAUCAAGUGAAGUAAUGUGAGCAAAGGCUUUGGAUGAAUUGAUGACCACGUUAGGGUGGGGUUUUCAACAAAUCUCACGCUCGUCUUGUGACAAUUAUUUUCAAGGCAUCACAUGCAAUUGCACUUACGAGAACAGCACAGUUUGUCACGUCACCCGCCUAGAACUCUCAAGCCGCGAAUAUUUAACCGGACAAAUCAACGCUACAGCCUUGACUAGUCUCGAUUACCUAGAAAAAAUUGAUUUGUCCAACAAUCAACUUCAUGGUAGCAUCCCUGUCACCAUGGGGAGCUUGUCUUCACUCUACUACAUCGAUCUCUCCACAAACUUUCUCAAUGGCUCCAUACCUCCAUCCUUGGGGAAUUUGCCGUCCCUCGAAUAUCUCUAUCUCUCGCGAAACUUCCUCAACGGCUCCAUACCUUCAUCUUUGGGGAAUUUACCGUCCCUCGAAUAUCUGAUUUUGAACUAUAAUAUGUUAUCAGGUCAAAUCCCCCCAGAAUUGGGCAACCUCUCUAAUCUCCGAUUGCUGGCCUUGGGCUUCAAUGAACUCAGUGGUCAGCUUCCUCCAGAACUUGGAAGAUUGGGAUCUCUUGGUUAUUUAGAGCUGGGCUCCAACAAUUUGAGUGGAGAACUGCCGGGAAAUUACUCCAACUUUAGUUCGGAUCAAUUGGUGUUUUUUAGCGUAUCUGGGAACCGUUUGACUGGUCAAAUACCAAGGUUCAUUGCGAAUUGGACUGGACUCUAUUUCCUGUCCCUCUGCGGAAAUGAUUUUGAAGGAGAGCUGCCUCUUGAAAAAAUUUUAAACUUGCCAAUUCUCGAAUACUUGUUUGUUAGUGAUGUAAGAAGCUCCGGUUUCCCUUUCCCAAAAAAUGCAAGCAUGAAGGAAAUAAGAUACCUGAUGAUAAGGAAUUGCUCAAUAAGUGGUGAGAUCCCCCCGUACAUUGGUGAUUGGUCAUCGUUAAAAUACCUAGACUUGAGCUUUAACAACUUAACGGGUCGAAUACCAGAUUCCAUGAAAAACCUGAAUUUGACUAAGAUGUUUCUCACGAGAAAUAUGCUUAGUGGCACACUACCUCCCUGGCUUCCUCAUAAAAUUGAGGACAAGGCGGACUUGUCAUAUAAUGAUUUUGAAAUUCCAAAUGAUGGUCCGAAGAAAGGAGAAGGAAAGCUGAACAUCAGUGAACCAAACAGGAAUUCUAUACUUGAUUUGAAAAAUAAAUGUCGGGGAAAACCAAAGUACAAUUCCUUAUAUAUAAAUUGUGGAGGAGGAGAGACAGUUGUUGAUGGGAAAGUGUUUGAAGCAGACAGUGCAACAUUAAAUUACCAUUUAGCUGGAAGAAAAAAUUGGGCUUAUUCUUGUUCUGGAGACUUCGGAUCGAAAACUUACGAUUCCAGUGAUUACAUAAAAAACGUGGAUUGUGGAGUUUGUGAUUCUGCUGCGACACAGUUUAACACUCCAACUCGCCUCUGUCCUCUUUCUCUGACAUAUUACGGCUUCUGUUUAUUUAAAGGAAAUUACACUGUGAAACUUUACUUCGCUGAAACUGUUUACCAAACUGAUGAAGAUUAUUCUAAUUUAGGGAAACGUGUUUUUGAUGUAUAUAUACAGGGGCAGAGAGAACUAAAAGACUUCAACAUAAAAGAAAUGGCCGGCGGCACCAAUAAGGCAUGGACUGCAAAUUUCACAGCACAUGUCGGAGAUGAUCAUCUAUUGACUAUCCACUUUUUCUGGGCCGGAAAAGGAUCUUUCCAGGUGCCAGGUAUUUCCUAUUCAAGUACUGCUGCCCUGUCUCUGAAUGGACCCCUUGUGUCAGGCAUUUCCGUAACUGCAAACUUCAAAGUUGGCACGGGACUAUCUCCUUCACAAAUUGCAGGGAUUACUGCAGGUUCAGUAUUUGCUCCUCUACUUCUGUUGGCUUUCAUGUGGAAAAUGGGCUGGCUGCGGAAAAGCGAGUUGGAUGAAUUAACCAUUGAGGUCCAAGGAAAACCUUUCACCCUCAAACAAAUAAUCGAUGCUACUCGAAAAUUCAGCCCCAAAAUGGAGAUUGGCAGGGGACGCUUUGGAAUAGUAUACAAGGCUGAACUGCCGAACAAGGUUUGAGGUAUUUACAUGAAGAGAAAAGGUUCAAGAUUGUUCAUGGAAACAUAAAACCUAGUAAUAUUAUGCUUGAUAACUCUCUUACGGCCAAGUUGUCUGACUUUGGAUUGGCAACGCUUUGUGAUGAGGAAGAUCCAUUUAUGGCCAUCAAAGCAAAAGGGUCGCGAGUUUACAUGGCACCUGAGUAUUCAAUGGGAAAAGCAAUAACUGUUAAAGCUGAUGUUUACAGUUUCGGAGUUGUCCUACUCGAAAUAGUUAGCGGGAAAGUUAGUGCAGAUUACACACCAAACCAAGAAGCUGAGUUUCUUCUGGAUAAAGCUAGUGUUUUGCACUAUAAGGGAAGAAUCCUUGACUUGGUGGACAAGAGAUUAGCAUCCAGUUACGACAGGAAGCAGGCUCUAACUGUUUUGCUGUUAGCAAUGAAGUGCGUUAAUCUGUCUCCUACUCUCAGGCCUAAAAUAUCUGAAGUCAUCAGUGUACUUGAAGGUGAGAAAAGAAUCGAUGAGAUUUUCGAAGGUGAUACUCCAUCAGCAAAUAUUGGAGGACUGUGCGGUGCGUGUUCCAGGGUGUUGGAAAUAGAGCCAAUUUCUUAGCCAAUUGGUAAUGUUAAGUUUGAUGAUGAAAACCUUCUGCCUCUUCUUCUUUAUUUUGUGAUUACUUGGGUCUGAUUAUGUGGUGGUGACAAGAGAACAUUGAUGUGUGCGUGAGAGACUCCAUAUGUGAGAAAAUAUGUGUGUUUGCUUCGUCUGCUAUGAUUUAUUUGUGCUGUUAUGGCUGCUAGUAAUUUCGUGAAUCGAAUAAAAUUAUCAUUUGCGAUCCUUUAUAUAUAGCCUAUAUAAAGGAUAAUUUUAUGAUA